AUGGAUCGUGCAAAAGCCAAGGAUUACCACUUUGAUAGACAGGAGCACUCAGUGAUUUCUAUCGCUGACUCGGAGAAAGGAUUGCAGAUGAUGACGAUCGAGGGCACUAGAAACAAUUUGGAAGAAAGAAAGAAAGAAAGACAAGAGAGAGAGAGAGAGCGAGAAUCCAAUGGUGGAAGUCUCGAGUCCAAAUCAAAAGACCUUGCUUGA